GUCCAAGAACGUGUGAAACGAGACUUUUUCCUUGUUCUUGUGCUGUAAAUUCGUUGAGAAAUGUGUUGUUUGGAUCGCCACCCACGCCCUCCCGGACCGCCAUUCGCGUUUAUCGUAACCCCAUUUUGUCGCUUCGCGCGCGCUGGUUCUGAUUGCGGCCGGAUGUGAUCUUCUCGCGCAUCUCGUGCCACUCCUCUGCCGUCUGCAUCAAACAGUAUGAAUGCAAAUUGGUAGCUGAAACGAAAUAGCUGUGCAUGGAAUAGUGAUGUGCUCAGUGGCAAGAAUUUGUGAUUCAUCCUGACCACGGUACAGCGCCGGAGGCCGGAAAGUGCACCAGCAUCGAAUGCACGGGAAAGUGAGUGAGCGUUUGUGGAAAAGGAUAAAGCUAGGACGCCGUGCUCCUUUAAUCAGAUUCUGCGGACGGCGUGAUAAGCAGGUUUCCAUCGAAGAUUACUGCAAAGAAGUCAUACAACUUAGAAGACCGUAACCAUGGAGGAGAGUACGAUAAGCAUGCAGAUGGAUGUAAAGCUGGACAUCCGCGAGAGGAAGCUCGAGUUCUCGCACAUGAAGUCAUGGUCCCAGUACUUUGUGAAGAUCGAGGCGGUCAAGUGUUUCCCGUGCUAUAUGCGAAUUUCAUUUUUCUCCUCACCGAACGAUCGUACAACUGAUCUGAUCGUGCGUAUUAACAUUCCCGGACUGACGGUGCAGAUGGCCACCUCGCGCACCAAGCAACAUUCGUACGGUCUUUUCUGGAAAAACAAUCGUAAACGGUGCUGCGCCUACUUCGCCUUCGAGACGCAGCUGAUGUGUGAACGCCACCUUCGAUGGAUGAAAAAGUCGAUUCGCAAUCUCGAGCUGUACCGCCAGGAGAUGAUGCAGUUGCGACGUGCCAGUCGAACUCCGGCCUGUGAGAUCCGGCGCGAGAUGCAGCCACUCGCUCUUAUGGCACCUCCAUCGGUGAUGGUGCCAUCUGCACUAGGUUUUGCCGCUUGGGAUGAUCUCGGCAUUUAUCAGAAUCUCGAUUACACGGGGAACGUUAUGGAUUUGCAGGACUUUCUGGGACCGCUUCCGACAGUUCCAUGCGAUCAGUCAGGUCAGCUCUAUCGUCCACAAUCUGCUCCUUCCGGUGGUGCCGUCGGCGAAAGCCAUCGCGAUUCAGCUAUGUCGGGUAUUUACGAAGAAAUUCGUGACACUGGCACCGAUCAGGUCAACUCCCAGCUAUCGCGCCUUUCAAUCGCUUCCGGUAUCUACGAAGAGAUGCGACCAGUGUCGGCAGAGCGGUCAAAAGGGGUGCAAGAGGAACCUACAACCCCACCGCCUCCGCUACCACCCCGGCGGCGUCUCAACACUAACGAAGACAUGGAAGACGAGCUCAAUCGCUCGUUACCCACACCGGAAAUGGAUAGUUUAAAGAAGAAACGGAACUGGUUGCGCUUAGAUGCGGUGUUUGGUCGCAAGCGUACGACAAGCGGCGACUCCCAGGGGAGUUCUUCAUUGUCUAGAAAAGGACAAGCAAGCAAGAAACCGGGACUGGAGCAAGAAAAGUCUGGAAACACAUCUCCGGUGGCCGUUGUGCACCGAAAGAACGUCUGUCGAUUGCGUUUCGGAGGAAAUAAGCGAAACAGUUUUUCGAGUCCCGAUCUUAGUCGCUUGCAGAUCGAUAUAGAACCGGUCAAGGCAACCGGCGAUGAUGAGCUGGCGGUCGGCAACACAUCUUAUGACAAUCUUUCAGAUGGCAAUGGUUCCUGUACGUCCGAGUUUUAUCCGCAACACAACAUCGAUUACAUCGAGCUGGACUUUGGUUCGUCAGAGUAUCUGAACAUGUCCAUCGCAUCAUCCUCAGGAGGCCUGGAGUUAGAGACGGAGAACCGAUCAAGUGCACCAGAUGGUCGCCGUUUGAACAUCUCGGAACGAAUUCUGGAAGGCUUCAAUCGCUCGGCGAACUCGUCAACAGUGAACCUUGUCGGUAUGGCUUGCAGUGCGUCAAUUCCGGAAACCGAAGAACCAAUGGAAGAAACUUCAUCAGUAAGGCAUGAGUCAGCGUGCGAUAAACAGCAGAACACGGGCGGCUACAUAGAAAUGGGAGCCCCGGGAACGGGUUUCAACCGCCAAAAACUUAUCGAGCAAGGUGAUGAGGAGAAAAAGCAAGCCCCAAAGAGUAUCGGUGAUAACGGUAGUGAAUCGAUUUACAUGAUAAUGACCGGAGGUGGAAAACAUCCGGAACCAAUUCGAUCCAGCUCGACCAGUAGCAGUAGCAGUAGCAGCAGCGGCGUCAGUAGUGCAAGUGAUCGGUCAGUAAUCAGCAUUGAUUCGUGCAGCGUUCCCAUGAAACGUAAUUCGGUCGAUGAUAAGAUUCCUUCGUACUAUCCAAACGAAGAGAUUCUUCGAUUACCACCACGCAAAAUCUCUACGGACACAUGCAGCCCGAAGGUGGUGGUGGUCUGUCCCGACAAAUCGCCAUUCUAUGGAAACUGUACACCAGUGGCCUCGCAAUCAGCAACUACGCUACCGCGAACGUUCAAAUCAGCUCAACGUCCUGUUGCAGAAGCUACUCAGGAUAUGCAGGAUCGCGUACAGGAAACAUUCCGUACGCCAAAGCCAGUCCAUCGGCGUCACUUUACUGCCGGUCGUAAUGCGCUAGAAGCACAACCGGGUGACUGUAUGGGGUCGUCGCCAGAAUCGUCACCAAAACUGUUUCCAAAGUAUGCAACAUUCUCCAGAGGAAGUUCUUCAAAGGCAAUGGGAGCCGAUUCAGUCAGUCCUUUAAGCAGUGGAAAGCGAUUCAGUUCGAUGUCUCGAUUCGGCAAAAUCGAUUUCACACCACUACGGCUGAAAAUCAACAGUGUGCUACAGCGACAAGGGUCGGGGGAUGUGUUCAAAACUCCCUAGAUAUUAUUCGUGAUUAAAACGCUAGUUCGACGCGGAACUGAUCUCACCGAAAGUACCCAUCAGGAGGGUUAGGGCAGAGAGCUGUAACGACAUAUCUUUGCUACGAUUGUGACUCGUGGCCAUUGAUUCCAAAUUGCUCAAAUGGUGAUGGCUUUUUAGGCGUUUGUCUUUUUGUGUUGCUCUCGCAUGGUUAUUCUAAUGAAAUCUCAUUAUCAACGGUAUUUUUAUCGCCAGUUCGUUGUGGAACUCUGCCCAAAGUUAAAAUACACCAAAAGCUUUCAGCUUUCUGCCGCCUUUGCACGAGCUACCGAUGAUCAUAGAUGUAAAAUGCUUACAAGUGCGUAGAAAUAGAUAGUUAGGAAAUUGUAAAAAAACGGUACGCCAAAAGAUAGGGAGGCAGGGCAAUAUAAAGACGAUUCUACUUGAGGAAACAAAAAAGUACUGCUUAAGCUUACUUCUUAAAAGACAUUCGUGGUGCUUUAAAGGCUUGUUAUUGCUAUUUCAACAAAUGUACAAGCGCUUAUUAGCCCGUCAGAUAGAUAUAAAGAUUCCGCUGUAAUCUCAUAAGGCAUGUGCUUGCUUAAGAGCCACGAUCAUGGUGCUCCCAACCGCAAUCGUCGGUCGGUCAAUCCUCAGGUUCUCUUUUAUGACACAAUUUUACGGAAUGUAGCGUAGGGAGACAGAGAGGUAGAAUAAAAACUCUGCAAUUGAUUGCUGUGAUUUCCACCGACUCAAAUCGGAACGGGAGCUCCUUGCUUCCAAAACCCAAAAUAGGGACAUUUUGAGCCUCGAGGAUCGACGGAGUGCGCAAAAAUACUUGAUAGUAGAAUCUCUUUACAAAAAUAUACCAGCCAAAAAGUUCAAACAGAUAAAGUGCAAGGUGGGUUAGAACAGCUUUUAAAUUGUAAAGAAAACGGUUGACCUGAAACCAUAUCAGCGAUCGAACGGCUUAUUGAUAAAAGAUGUGUGAUAAAACGAAAAACUUUCUUUCAAAGUGCUUAUGUGCUAGCGUUUGUGAAGCUGUAACGGAAAUCUGUUUGAUGAAGAAGCAUUAUGUGACAAAAAAUUAUGCAAAUAAAGAAAGAAACUUGCUUGGGAAUUCAGUAA